AUGCCAUAUGGUACACCUUCGUUAGAUGCUCCAGAAAUGUUUCAAGAGAAUAGCACUUCCCAGGAAAGCGUCUCAGAAACUUCGACUGUUAUAACUGAGAGUCUAUCUCAACAAGCUACCGAUGUUGUCAGUCAGUCUUCUUUUAUUCCUUUAGGUGAGUUUUCAAAUCGAGAAUUAUUUGAAGUUGACGCGAUGCGACAAAGAAAUCGUGCUUCAGGGAUGAAAAGGAAGGAACGUUCGGAAACUUGGAGGGUACCUUUUGAAGAUGAAGUGCCAUGGGUAACGAAAGAUAGCGGUCGGAAAUAUAAGAACGCAACGCAAAGAUUGCAUUAUGAAAUUGAUGAGGUUGUAAAGUAUCUCUGCCCCACGGAUAUUGAACGUUUGUGGCGAGUUUUUGCAAUCAAGCGUAUUGAACAGUGUAUUAAAAGUAGCUAUCCAUCCGCCGAAGUUAUGGUUUUUGGUAGUUUUAACACGGGACUUUAUCUUCCUACUAGUGAUCUCGAUAUAGUGUGUUUUGUAAGAGAUAAUUCGCCAAACGUUCUUAGAAAGAUUGCCAAUUUGUUGGAUUAUCAACGUAUUAGCGCAGAAAGACCUGCAACAAUAAUGAAAGCGGUAGUCCCUAUUAUCAAAUUUCAAGAGUAUUAUACAAAAUUCAAUGUAGAUAUUUCAUUCAACCAAUCAUCUGGAUAUAUUUCGGCUCGAUCAAUGAAAGAAUUUUUGGAUCAAUGGCCAUUACUUGGUAAAAUGGUAAUAGUUGUAAAAUGGUUCUUGAAACAUCACGGACUUGACGAUCCAUCCACUGGAGGAAUGGGUGGAUUUACGGUUUUUUGUAUGAUGCUUAGCUUUUUCCAGAUGCAUCCCUUUAUUAGAAAUGGCACUUUAAUACCAAAUGACGAUAAUUUAGGUGUAUUGCUUAUAGAAUUCUUUGAAUUGUAUGGGUUAAAUUUUAACUUUUUUAAUAUUGCCAUAAGUGUAAAUCGAGGCGGUGAAUAUGUCAUGAAGAAUAAUGAGAGUUGGACAACGAAAAAUCCGUAUACAAAUAUAUGCAUACAAGACCCCUCGGAUCCCGACAAUGAUAUAGCACGAUCUACAAGAAAUACAGAUAUUAUUUUCUCAUAUUUUGAAAAGGCUUUUCGACGUCUGGUAGUUCGAGUUGGUAGUUUGGAACGCAAAUAUCAUAAUCAAGAUGAGGAAAUGAUUAUAGAAGAAUCGAUAUUAUCUUCGAUCUUCUUCAUACCACGAAGGAUUAUAGAAUUUCGAAAAGAACUUCACCGUUUAUAUGCUGAUAAGCAAAUAUUGGCAGAUAAUUAUAAAACCGCAUAUAUAAUUCCUCCCAAUUUUUCGCACAUAGUGAACCGCUUCCUGCACGAAAUUGAAUACGCCGAUAGACUUAAAAAUGACAAGGCAAAUAAGCUGAGUAAUAGGAAUGGAACACAGAGAAUCAAAAAUAAAAGAACAGGAAGAGAAUAUCGAGAUAUGGCAUAUCAGUGGAAAAACGAAGUGGAUAGUUAUAGGGAAUACCCUUGUGAAGGUUCUACUUUUCUAUUAGCUACUUACGGUGAAACAUAUAAUAAGGUCUUUGCUUAUACUAAUGAAGAGAUGGAAGUUAUGACUAAACGUAAUGAGAGAAAGGCUGGUUCAUCAAAAAGUGGAAGAACAUCGAAGGAUGAACGAUACGAUUAUCAAGUUGGGGAAUCAUCAUCAUCCAGAGGACAUAAACGACACAAA